AGUGUUGGUAAAUAUCUCGAGCGCUGAGGCAGCUAACUACGUUUUGUCGUGUGUGUGUGUUGUUCUUGAACAUAAUUAAAAUUUAAUUAUUUAACUUAUUAUUAAGUUUUGCGUUUCCUUGUGUGAGUGUGUGUGUGUGUGUGUGUGCAGUGCCAGUGCCAGUGCAGACUGUUAUUGUAUUGUGCGCGCGUCCAGGCGCUGCUGCUGCUAAUGCUGCGACAUAAUCCCAUAGCAAACGAAAAGUGCGGAUGUGAGGUACAAUUAUGUCUCCAUACUAAUUAGCGUGCUCCAUGUCCCAACUCCAAUUGGUAGCCGAAUUUUGUUGGGCGACCGUUUGUGGCGAGUGAUUCCCAUGUGAAAUGCCUUAUGAAAAAUUCAAUAAAAAGCGCCGACAAUGGGAGGAUAGUGGAGUAUUAGAGCUAAUUAAACUAUGGAAAGUUUGCGCCUAUGAAUUGCGCACAAUCAAACGAAAUGGGCACCUUUAUGUGGCUAUGGCAAAGCAAUUGACGGGUCUUGGCGUACCCGUUACCGCGCUGGAAGUACACUUUAAGGUGAAUAAUCUAACACAGCGUUACAGACAGGAACAAAAGACAUUUGAGACAACGGGCAUAAUCAGCACGUGGAAGUUCUACAGUCAAGUGGAUGAUGUGUUCAAGAGUUUGGCUGCACACACGGGUUACAAAGAUAAACGCAUGACGAGCACCUCGAAUGCCAGCAGUUUACCAUCCACAUCCGAGUCACCAGUUUGGAAAAAUCCAAUGUCUCAGCAAGAGUUUAAUAGCAACAACACGGAGGGGUUCUAUAAAUCGGAGUAUGGCAUGCAUCGCCACUUUAUGGACCACUCCCAGCCGCCGCCGAAUGCCGGUAAUGUGGACAAUUUUAUGGCAUCAUCGGCGGCAGUGGCAGCUGUGGCGGCUGCGGCUUCCGCACGCCUUGCCGACAGCAACAUGGAGCAGCAAAUGCAGAAUGCGGCAGGCGCCAGUGGUGCCGGCCCUGGCGGCAAUAACACCAAUGGCGGUGUGCCCAAUUAUAAUAAGAUGAAAAAAUCCCACGAAGAUUAUGAUAAAUUUGUGGACAUUGUGAAGAACAUUGUCGACACGCAUAAAACGACGCCCGACAAAGUGGACACGUUCAGUGAGUUUCUGCGUUCCUAUAUGAAACGCUGGCCCGAACGGCUACAGGACGAGGCCAUCAAUCACAUGACCAACUAUGUGGUCAUCAAGAAUAUGGAGCACAGCAUGGGCGGCGGACCGGGCGGCCUACACAAUCCCGAGGGCGUCAACAAUCGGCAAUAACAAUACAAGCAGGAGCCCAACAACUAAACGCAGGCCGCGAUCGGGCGUCAAGUGUGCAAAAUGAAGUGCAGCCGGCGGAGUUGUUGGACGACCGCCCAAAAAUGUGGUCGUAAUUGGCAGCUCCACGAAACUGAGUACCAUGGCAAGUUGGCGGAAAAUACUUAAAAACAACAGCAAAACAAAAAUAAAAGAAAAUGUUGCGCGCAGUUACUUAAACGAAAAGAAAAAAAAACAAAAACAAAAAAGAACAGGAAUUAUAUAUCGGCAAAAUGGCAACCUGAGAAGAUCGGUCAGUUUUGCUUAGAUCAUAUUGUAAACGAUUUCAUGCAGUAUUUUUUGUAUAGUUAAAAUAUACAAUAUAUAAAGUUUUUAGUUUUAUGGCAACAUCAUUUGCUAAAUUUCGAAUUGAGUUCGAUUUAUUGUGGAAUGAUUACACACACAAACACACACAUACACACACAUCUACACACAUGAUUUGUAGAGUAUAGGGAGUACAAUACAAUUAUAUGUAAUACGUUUAGAAAUCAUUUCCUACUGUUAGCUGUAAACGACAAAAACCUAAAUGAAUAAACGCUUUAAAAACAA